AUGGUUCUAAUCCCUCAACGCCGAGCUUUGCUUGCUUUACAGAACGACUUGACUCAAUUCGGUGGCCAUGUUCACGCCCUCGCAGGAACUGUUAUAGCAGGCCAAGCUUACCUGGCCGUGGAGCAUAAUGUCAAUGGGUUGUGGAAUGCCAUACUUCACAUUCUCUACCCAGUCGCGGAUAUGGACUUCCUCAUCAACCCUGAAGCGUACCCCCUCCAAGGUCAACAGAAUGGAGCACGAGCGGAUCUGAUUGUGAGGGAAAUCAAUGUGAAUCCAGGUGGCGCAGGCUUUCUCCCUGGAAGGACGUUUAUGUAUUUUGAAGGAAAGGGCGGAGCAAGUGCUGAUACUGCCUUGAACAUUCGAACCCAAAUGGUAAACUAUCUGAACACAGCCAUUGGCAACGCCCAGGGGAGAGCUUGUUGGGCAAUCGGAGCCAAAGGUGAUCGGGUAUGGUUCUAUAGGUACACGGCAAGACAUGUUGGCGACAACAGGAUGGUCCCUGUGGAUUGGAAUGGUAUUGCAAAUGCCAUUAAUUCCCCGAAUGUGAGGGCCGGGCAGAUGUUGGCUGGAUACAGAAUCUCGGGCGGUGUUCCUGGUGCUGCUGUAGGAGACUGGGCUACAGUUCAGUCGAUAUUGGAACAUAUGUCCCAGAGCUAUGCUGAUUUUUAA